CGUCGCCACUAGAGGUACGUCACCACGUUAACUGUCUGAAGUUCCCCGGUUAAAUCCUAACAAGUAGAAGUCAGAGAGAUUAAACCUGCUCGUCUGCGUAGAGUUGCUUCUUUCCUCUGGAUAUAGCAGAAUUACCACUUUUCAUACCACACUUCCCUUUUGUGCCUUUUCCUGGUCUCUCUUAUAAAACUGUAAAUGUGGUGUUACAAGUUAUAAGACAGAGUCAAUGUUUUGUAACCAAGCACAGCCAGUUGACAAGGAAUAUACAGAGGAACUAUGAGUACGGCCAAGCCCAGUGGGCUUAAAGCCCCCACCAAGAUCAGCAGACAGACUGGGACUGGGACCACGACCACCAAGACGUCCCCGUCAAUUGCUGCUAAAGCAGUUUCUGGUGACAAAGCGUCAUCUGAAAACCCAGACACAGCAAAAGAGUUUAAAGUCGGGGAUCGUGUGUGGGUGAAUGGGAACAAGCCAGGCUACAUUCAGUUUCUGGGAGAGACCCAGUUUGCCCCGGGACAGUGGGCCGGCAUUGUGUUGGAUGAGGCCAUAGGAAAAAAUGAUGGCUCGGUGGCAGGAGUGCGUUACUUUCAAUCUGAACCUUUGAGGGGUAUUUUUACACGACCUUCCAAGCUUUCUAGAACUGAGGGUGAAGCUAAUGGCACCACAACAACACCUGCAUCCCCAACGCCCCCUACGACGGCAGAUCUGGGGUCCGCUCCAGCAACCGCCCCAGCGGAUAGUGCAACAACCAAAAAAACUAGCAAGCCUGACUCAAACCUGACUUGCACUAAUUCCGAAUCAGUGUCCAACCUAUCAGAGGCAGGCUCAGUGAAAAAAGGAGAGCGUGAGCUGAAGAUGGGCGACCGCGUCCUGGUUGGUGGUACCAAAGCUGGUGUAGUGCGCUUCUUAGGGGAAACAGAUUUUGCCAAAGGCGAGUGGUGUGGAGUCGAGCUGGAUGAGCCUUUAGGGAAGAAUGAUGGUGCAGUAGCUGGAACCAGGUACUUCCAGUGUCAGCCCAAGUAUGGCCUUUUUGCCCCAGUGCACAAGGUGACACGCAUCGGCUUCCCUUCCACUACUCCAGCUAAAGCGAAGACCACGGCACGGAAGGUGACUACACCAGCAGGUUUGAAACGCAGCCCGAGCUCCUCCUCGAUCAGCUCCAUGAGUUCCGUGGCUUCCUCUGUGAGCGGCAAGCCCAGUCGCACCGGUCUGCUUACAGAAACCUCAUCCCGGUACACAAGAAAGAUUUCGGGGACCACGGCCCUGCAGGAGGCUCUGAAGGAGAAGCAGCAGCACAUUGAGCAGCUCCUCGCCGAGCGUGACAUGGAGCGGGCAGAGGUUGCUAAAGCCACCAGCCAAGUAGGAGAAGUGGAGAUGGAGCUCUCUCUUCUCAGAGAAGGCCAAGAACAGUAUGUGACAGAGAUGGAGGCGAAAAUGGAUCAGCUGCGUGCCCUGGUGGAGGCUGCAGACAGGGAUAAGGUGGAGCUUUUGAAUCAGCUAGAGGAAGAGAGGAGAAGAGUAGAGGACCUUCAGUUUCGUGUGGAAGAAGCUUGUAUUACCAAAGGAGACUUGGAGACGCAGACCAGACGGGAGCAUGCCCUCCUUAAGGAACUCGAGCAAAGUCUGCUCUUUGAAAAGACCAAAGCUGAGAAACUCCAGAGGGAGUUAGAAGACUCUAGGGUUGCGACAGUCUCUGAGAAGUCUCGCAUCCUUGAACUGGAAAGGGACCUUGCUUUGAGAGACAAAGAAGUGGCCGCCCUUCGGCAACAUUUGGAGUCUGGUCCUGGACAAACUUCUUCUACUGGGGACCCAACAGCUUCGGUCCUUCAGGAAGAGCUGAGUUUUCUUCGUACCCAGCUCUCCUCCCAAGCUGCUAGCCAUGAGACAGCACUAGCUGCCCUGCGCACCAAGCUGGAAGCAGAAACAAAAGCACAUUCUGAGGCUUUGGCUCAACUCCAAGCCACUUCGGCACUUUUAUCAAAAGAUAACGAGCAGCUUCAUGCACGAUUGGCCGAGGCAGAAAAGGAGACAGCGGAUGUCAUUGAGCUAUGGCGUGCCAAACUAGCUUCAGCCGUCACUUCUCAUCAGCAAGCCAUGGAGGAGCUUAAGGCCACCUCAGGCAAGGGGACCGGAGACCCCCAGGCAGCCGAACUUAAGUUGCGAGAAACUAUGGAGAGGCUAAAGUUGGAGCAAAAACUAAAGCUAGAGGAAAGUCUAGCCAAGCAGAUUGCUGAAUCUAUGAGGUGGGCACAAGAUGUUGAAGAUCUCCGAAAACAGCUACAAGCUGUGACCGAGGAGAAGGAGCGUCUUGUGGAAUCUCUUCGCACUAACCUGGAGAGUGCGGAGGACCAGCACCUGGUUGAGUUAGAAGAAGCUUUGGGUAAACUGCACAAUGCUGAGAUUAGGGUGAAAGAGCUAGAAGAGGACAACUCUAAACUGCAACACCAGGUGGAUGAGAAAGCUCGGGAAGUCCAGGACCAAAAUGCUGUCAUUCAGAACCUUUGCUCUCACCAGAGCCAAGGUGACCAGGAGGUCCAAAGUCUGGUAUCUCGAGUUGAGGAAGCAGAGGACAAGGCUCGCUUGCAAGAAGGAAAGGUUACUGAGGUGACCUCUAUGCUGGAGGGCAAGCAGAAGGAGCUGGAUGAACGGCAACAGAACCUGGCCUCGCUGCAGCAAACUAAGAGCUCGUUGGAGCAAGAACUUUCUGACUUGAAACAAAAAGUUACAGCAUCCUUAGAGAAACAGGCGGCAUCCUCACAAGAUGUUCAGAAGUUACAGGACAUGCUCAGUAAAAAGGAGGAACAAUGCACGUAUCUUUCCAGAGAGACCGAAAAGCUAAAGAUUCAGCUGUCUGGUUUGGAGGCAAAGUUGAAAUCGGGUGAAGAGAAGCUCGAGCAGCUAACCAAAGAUAAAGCUAAGCUAGAAGACAACAUCAGUGAGCUGAUAAAGUCGUCUGGAGACAGCUCGACUCAGCUUACCAAGAUGAAUGAAGAUCUCACUCAGAAAGAGAGGAGACUUGAAGAGCUUCAGAAUCAGCUUUCUGAGCAGAAAGAGUUGCUUGCUCGGUCUGAGGAAAGCAGGAGUCAGGAGCAGUCUCGAGCAAAGCAGGAAACAAAGGACAGCAGUGCAAGACACCAGGAAGAAGUUUCCAAUCUACAGCAAAAGAUCAAACAGCUGGAGAAGAAUGUUGAGGAGCAGGUCCAUGAAGCCCAGGUCUCUGGAGAGAAAGCACUUGCCAGUGCCUUACAGAACCAUGCAAAAGAGCUGCAGGAGCUACAGGGUCAGGUUGAAACAGCACAAAAGCAACAUUGCCUGUCUGAAGAGAAGGUCCAAAAACUUAAAGAAGAGGUAGAGCAGUUGGUGCCCUUUAAAGAAAAGGCUCAGUCUCUCACUGCUGAGUUGGCUUGUUCCAUGCAAAGGGCUGAGAAGCUUGCUUCUGAGGUUGGUGAUCUAACGCUGUUGUCUGAGCGUCUGUCUAAGGCGAGAGAUGAUGCCCAUGCUCAGAAGGAAAGUGUGGAAAAGCUAAUAUUAGAAUAUCAGACAAAGAUAUCUAGCCUGGAGGAGGUUCCGAAGGAUCUUGCAUCAAAAAACGAUGAGCUAAAAGCAUCAACUGAACAAUUGAGAAAUGUUAUUAAGGAACUACGUUCAAGCAAUCAGCAACUGCAUGAAGAAAAUUCAUCUGGCAGGAAUGAGAGAGAGCAGUUUUCCAAAGAUGUACAGAAUUUAAUACUAAUCCAGGAAGAGCUAAAAGCUGAGAAUGCAAGCCUGAAAGAGACUAAAGCACAACACCUUAUUCAAAUAGAAGAUCUUAAACAGCAUAAAACACAGCAACAGGAAGUCAUACAGAAAUAUCAGCAUGAGCUUCAGCAUUAUGAGAAAAAUAGUUCAGAGCUAUCCCAAAAACACCAGAAAGCCUGUGAGGAUAGGGAUACAUUUCAGGAGGAACUUCGAGCCUGCCAGGAGGAGUUGAGGUCCUCUCAAUUGCUGAAUGCAGAAAUUGAAGAGCUUCAAUCAAAGCUGCAGGCUGAGAAAGAGGAGCUCUCUGUUAAAAAUGCUAAGCUGCAGGCAGAAACUAAAAUUCUCUAUAAUGAGAAGGAAAAGGUGGGGUCAGAUCUCAAAACCACCAUUUUAGAUAAAGAAUCUCUUGCAGCCAAAAAAUCAGAGCUUCAAAAUCAACUUGAUACCAUGAAGACGACGCUGGAGCAGUACAGCAGGGACAAUGUUGAGCUCCAGGCCUCCAAGGACAGCUUUGCCAGAAUGCUUGAGGAAAUCAAGACUAGCAGGGAAGUCACAGAUUCUGAAAGGCUUUUACUUAUGGAAGAGAAGGAAAACCUCCUUGAAACCCAGAGGAAAAUGUUUUGUGAAAAGCAGGAUCUCACUAAACAAAUAGAAGUGCUGGUUGAAAACUUGCAUCUCAGUAAAGAAGAAGCCAAAGCUGCCAAUGAGAAGAUCCAGCUCAAUAGCACAGCUUUUGCUCAGGAGAAGCAAAUGAUUAAUGCAAAUCUCUUGGAGACUGAGAAGAUUCUUCAAGCCCUUGAAGAGGAAAAAAACAGCUUAAAAUCUGCUCUCGAAAAGCAAAGCAAUGAGCAGCAGGGUUUGGAACAAGAAAUGAGCAGCUUGAAGGAGAAGCAUGAAAAGGAGAUGGCAGAAAUGGCUUCUGCCUUAGAAGAGAAAAAGCAAUCAGAAGCUGAAUUAUUAAGUGAGAAGAUCAGUCUAAAAUCAGAGCUAGAACAAAUCAAGCAGAUGAAAGAGCAGAUAUCUGCCGAGAUGAUGAAACUGAGGCAAGACAAUGAUGAUUUGCAGACACGUCUGCAGAAAAUGAGCUCUGAUGUAGAGUCUCUAGAGAAGUCCAAUGUUGGCUUAAGUGAACAAAACCAAAAAUUACAGCUCAACUUGGAUCACAUGAAGGAAGAAUAUGCACAAAAUACUGAAACCUUUGAAAAGCAGAAGAUUGCCCUGAAUAGUGUGAUAGAGGAGCUCAGGAAGACAAACAGUGAUCUUCUCCAGAAAGCUGAACAUCUCUCCGAUCAGAACAGAUCACUUUCUGAGGUCAAGAACACCUUGGAAGCUCAUCAGCAAGCACUAGAAAUGGACAAGAAUGAAUUCUCUGUGGUUAAGGAAACCCUUUCUAAAAAUGUUGAGGAACUAAGGAAUAUGGUAACCUGUUGUAAAAAAGAGAACGCAAGCCUUCUGGAGGCCAAGUCCAAGCUUGAUGUUGAAAUUGUAGCCAUCAGGAUGGAAGCAGAGAAGGCAGAAAUGGAACAACAAUUGCUUAGCACAAAAUUAGAUCACUUAUGGAACUCUUUAAAUUACCUUUGCUUGGAAAAAAGCCUUAACCAGACUACAGGUUCCAGUUGUCAAAAGGUUGAAGAGAUAUUCAUCGCACUUCAAAAAGUCAGUGAAGACAAAACCUCACUUGCCAAAGAAAUUGAGAUUUUAAAGUCCCAACAAAAGAGAAGCGAUGAAGACAGAUCAAAUAUGGCUGAUGCAAAAGAGGUUCUAGCUUCCAAAAUUGCAGAACUGGAGAACACCACCACAUGUCUUUUGAACGAAAAGAGUGACCUCCUGGAAUCUCGUUCAUCUCUGGAACAGGAACUGCUGGCUCUUCGUAAGUGCCUGGAAACUGGUGACAAGAAGUGCACGGAAUAUCAGCUUCAAGUGGACCAACUGAAUACAUCACAGCUGAAAUUGGAGGCAAAGUUACAAAACCUUCAUAACGACAAAGUUACUCUGGAGGAGCAACAGCAAGCUGCGGAAAAGCAGGUGGCUUUUUUAACCAAAGACAAGGAUGAGAUCCUCUCUAGGCUGGCUGUGGUGCAAGCUGAGAGGAACGCUCUGCAGAUGCAAAAGGAGGAGGCCAACAUUAUGGUGACUCAACUCGAGGCACAAAACGAAAGUGCUCUUGCAAAGCAGCUUGAGGCUGCUGAGAGCGCUGGGAACACAGCACAAGCACUGGACAAAUUGAGCCAAGAAAAGCUUGCUUUGCAAAAGGAAAAACUAUCGGCAGACUCUCUCAUCCUCAAGUUUAAAAAUGCCAAAGAAGAAAUGCAGAGUCAGCUGGACAAUCUGUCAAAACAGAACUCGCAAUACCAACAGGAGCUGACGAAAUCCAAAGAGCAGCUGAGCUCAGAGAAGGAGAGGAUCAACAGUCUGUCUACAGAAAUUGAGGAACUGAAAGAAGCAGCAGCUGAAAAUGCCCAGGUUGUGGAAGCUUUACAACAGGAAAAGACCAAGCUGGCUAACGAGAUCUCCAGCAGCCAGAAGGACAACGACAGCCAGCAAAAACUCAAGGAGCAGUUGGCAUGCCUCAGUAGUCAGGUGAAGGACAUGGAAAAGAGGGAGCUCACUCUGAAGAACAAAUCAGACACAGAAAACUCUGCUUUACAACAAACUAUCCAGCAAAACAGUGCCUUGAUCUUAGAAAAGAAUACAGAAUUGGAAACACUGAAGAAUGAGGUAUCAGUGCUGCGAAGAGUGAGUGCCACUGGAAACACUCUCCAGAGUACUGUGAAAUCUCUGGAAAGUGAUAAAUCUCAGCUGCAGGAGCGGGUGCGCACUUUGGAGAAGAGCUUAACAGCAGCUCAGGCCACGAGUCCUGCACCUCAGGCAUCUAGUCCUGCAGACGUCCCCACAGGGUCUUCUGCACUGGACGAGAUGAGAGAGGCAAUGAAAACAGCCGAGAGUCAGAUUGAAUUCUUGAACUCCGUCAUCGCGGACCUGCAGCGCAAGAAUGUGGACCUGAAAUUGAAGCUGGAGAAGAUGGCUGAGGCAGCACUUAAUGGGAACACAGGCAGUGAAAUGGACAACCAUGAAAGCUUGUCUGAGACUAAAGCCAAAAAGAAACCACCACCGCGCCUCUUCUGCGAUAUCUGCGACUGUUUUGACCUCCAUGACACAGAGGACUGUCCCACACAGGAGCAGCAGCCCGAUUCUCCUCCUCACACUACCUACCAUGGCAGCGCGAGUGAAGAGAGGCCCUACUGUGACAUCUGUGAGGUAUUUGGCCACUGGACAGAGUCGUGCAACGACGACCAGACCUUCUAAGCUGGCAUUACCGCACACGCCUUCAACAACACAUUGCACAAGUGUGGGAAUGUGUGUGUGUGUGUGUGUGUGCAUCCUCUCAUUUGCCAUGCCACUAACACUCAAUCCUCCUGUUUCAAAAAAUUGUGCAUCUUGUACUUAAUUGCUUUAAGUUGUAUUCAUGAAUGAAACAAUAUUGACUUUAAGUGACACAAAAAUUUGUCAUCUUGUUUUUUAAUCUGUGUGUUGAAUUUGUAAUGUGGGUGAUGGAGAUCUUAGCUUACAGUCACCAUUCAUUUUCGGACCUGUUCUAAUCACUGCAGCAGGUAUAUUGUUGUCCUGAGUGUUUGAAAGGAAAGGGCACUGCAAUGCUAAUGCACUUUACUCCAACAUCCUCUUCCCUGAUUUUCAGCUUGAUGAAAAACAAGACGGUUUCUUAAACAGAAUGUACUUCAAGGUUAUAAUGAUGCUGUUACUUUUUAGUGUUUUUUUUGGAAUAUUAUACAUCUGUACAAAAGAAAAUAAAUAUUGUUUAAAUCCU